UGGCAAGAGUUGCCAUUCGUUUUAUUCUGUGAAUGCUAGACUAGUCAGCCUCUUAAAAUGUGAGUUCAGUCGUCUUGUUCCUGCUUUAACUUAGGUUACAGUAGACAACCAGUCUGUUUUCAGUCUUUUGUCUGAAAUUGAAAUACCAGUGUAUUGUAUGUCGACAUUUGGACCGAAACCGAUUGAUGUUUCCUAGCCGGGAUCUCCCAGGGCUGCGUUCAAGAUUGACCCCCGCCAGCUUGCGGCCUCCGCCAAUCUCUUGAGCGAGCUCCACCUCCCGCCCGACAAGACCGCCCACAAGACCCCCCUGCGUCUGCCUGCGGCCAAGACCAGCAACCUCUGCGCGGCCUUCGGCCAAUCGCCGAGGCAGGACCUCGUUGCCAUGGACACAGAGUCCACCUACUCGGGGUAUUCGUACUACUCGGGGCGCUCCCGGGGAUCCCACAGGCACGGCGAGCGCAGCCGGGAUCGCCACAAGUCUCGCAGUAAGGACGGCAGCCGCUCCGAGAAGUCUGUCACCAUCAACGCUCCGCCUGCAGAGCCGCUGCUGGGAGAUUCAUCUGUACGAGGAGAAGAGGUGCAGGAUGACAACUGGGGCGAGACCACCACGGCCGUCACGGGCACGUCGGAGCACAGCCUCUCCCAGGAGGACAUCGUGCGCAUCACCAAGGACCUGGAGGACAGCGUGGGCCUGGACUGCCGGCGCUACCUGGCCCUGACCCUGGGCGUGGUGAUGGGCCUCCUGGUGUUCCUCACGCCCCUGGCCUUCCUGGCGCUGCCCCACCUGCUGUGGCCGUCGCGGCUGCAGCCGUGCGGCACGGCGUGCGAGGGCCUGUUCAUCUCGGUGGCGUUCAAGCUGCUCAUCCUGCUGCUGGCCGCCUGGGCGCUGUUCUUCCGGCCGCGGCGCGCCGGCCUGCCGCGCGUCUUCGCGUUCCGGGCGCUGCUCGCCGUGCUGGUGCUGCUGUUCGUGGUCUCCUACUGGCUGUUCUACGGCGUGCGCAUCCUGGAUUCGCAGGAUGAGAACUACCAGGGCAUCGUGCAGUACGCCGUGUCCCUGGUGGACGCGCUGCUCUUCAUCCACUACCUGGCCAUCGUGCUGCUGGAGCUCAGGCAGCUGCAGCCCUGCUUCUCCCUGGGCGUCACGCGCUCCACGGACGGGGAGACGCGCAACUACAACCUGGGCCAGCUCAGUAUCCAGCGGGCAGCGCUGGCCAUCUUAGAGAACUAUUACAGGGACUUCCCGGUCCACAACCCCGCCCUGCUGACCGCCUCCAAGACCCGCGCGGCCAAGCAUCUGGCCGGCCUCAAGGUCUACAACGUGGAUGGUGAGUUCCCGGCGUCGCCCACGGGCCCCGGCAACAACGCUGCGGCUGGAUUGGCCCAUUCCCAGUCGCGGGCCAUGAUCGCCGCCGCCGCCCGCCGCAGGGACACCAGUCACAACGAGCUCUACUACGAGGAGGCGGAGCACGAGAGGCGUGUCCGCAAACGCAAGGCGCGGCUGGUGGUGGCGGUAGAGGAGGCCUUCACCCACAUCAAGCGCAUGCAGGAGGAGGACCAGAAGAAGGCCCCGGGGGACGUGAUGGACCCCCGCGAGGCCGCCCAGGCCAUCUUCCCCUCCAUGGCGCGCGCCCUGCAGAAGUACCUCCGCACCACCAAGCAGCAGCACUGCCACAGCAUGGAGAGCAUCCAGCAGCACCUGGCCUUCUGCAUCACCAACAACAUGACGCCCAAGGCCUUCCUGGAGAGCUACCUGACCCCCGGCCCCACCCUGCAGUACGGCCGAGAGCGAUGGCAGGCAAGACAGUGGACCCUGAUCAGCGAGGCGUCCGUCACCAGCGGCCUGAAGGAGGGCGGCACCUUCCUGCUCAAGUGCAUAGACUUCAGCCUGGUGGUGACCACCAAGAAAAUCCCCUACAUCCAGCUCUCUGAGGAGUACAUCGACCCCAAGUCACACAAGUUUGUCCUGCGGCUACAAUCAGAAACCUCAGUCUAGAACUGUCUGCAUCGCGUCCUUUUUUAUGUCCCCCCUUUCGUCUUAUUUUCUAUCAAAGGUUUUUAUUUGGGGUUUGCUGUUUUUUUUAUAUAUAUAUAUAUUACAUAUGAAUAUAAAUUACACACAGUUUGAAUAUAUUGUUCUUUUUUUAUCUUUGGUUUCUCUGAGUUUUUUGUGAAGAAGAAGAAAAAACGAAUAUUUCGGAGGAGUUUGACGCAGACCUUUUUGAAGGUGGACCUGUACAGAUGUGUGUUGAUCGAUGUGUGACUGCGCAGUCUAUUGUCCCUCCCCUGGAAGACUCUGUGGCUGAGUUGACGUGUAGGGAGGGAGGGAGGGAGGGAGGGGGGAGGGGAGCGCUGGGUUUUGACUCAUCACAAGGGAGCAUCAUGUGAAAUAUCACCCUGAUGUGUCAUGUGACACCGUUGCCAUGGGCACUCCAUUCCCCACAGACAGACUAACCACUAAGGACAGUAGCGUCUUGACAACAAGUAUGUUGGGUUCUUACGGCGACCUCUCCAGGCUGACUCCAGUGGCCCAGCAUAAAGCUUGCUGCCUCCUGCUCCUCUCCUGCCUCUCUGCCUCGUUUGACGUCGGGUCUAGAUGUGUCCUCACUCGUGGAUGGAGAUCUGUGUGUCUUAUCUUGGUAACUGAAAGAAAUUGAAGACUUUCUGUCCACCAAUCGAAAUCGGUUUGGAAAUGACCCAAAAUUGAAUCAUCAUGACUAAACUAAACUGACACUUCAUUCAUAAUAUGCGUCAAAUGCACACGAUUUCCACGUCUGUAUAUUGAAUAUGUAUAAACGCUCGGAUAUGUGGUGUGUGUGUAAGUGUGGCUACUCAAAGGUGCUCUGCUUCUUCUCCCAAGUGCUUCAGUACACUGAGGGGGAAAUGCAUGGACGACCGGUUACCUUUUUAACUACAUGAUUCACGUUUUGAACAAAUUCCUGGUUAUUGUUUGUAGUGGAUAGCGAUUUCAGGCCGAUUUCAAGUUUGAACCUUAGAGGCAAAAUCCAUCAAAAUCCCAGGGAACUGACACAAGGUUAUUUUUAGACCUUAAAGUGGGGCAUUUUGUGUUGCGGUAGCACUAAUGCGCAUUGUCCCGCCAGGUGCGAUGGAGCAAAGACGGAACAUUUCCACUCAAAUGGGGAACACGUGAUGUGUCAAACUCAUGCAUGUCUCAUGUUGCGUUGUAGGAGCUACUUGCACUGGGCACAAGUGCACAUUGAACCAGCUGUAUUCAGCUGUGAAUCUUAAUUAUUUAAAGGUUCCUAAUAUAUUUUGCAUCCUAUAAUUCAAUCAAUAUAUUUUCUCAGGGGUAAAAUGCUCACUCCUGUUUACCUAGCAUUAUGAAGACAAAUACCCAUGGAGGGGAGAGGAUACAUUUCUGACUAAUAAUAGAAAUAUAAAGCUAGUGUGCCGUUGAACUGGCUCUAGAGCAGUCAUCCUUAGAAGGACAGUACUGGAAGACUAUGGAGAGGAGCUUCUCUCACAACUGGUCCCUCUUGUUUGUGGUUUAUAACCAUGUAUGAAGUCUGUUCUCAGACCUCUGCAAUGGCCCUGGAGGUCAAUUUCACUUAAAUUUGAAUAAUAAUUAUUAUUAUAAUAAUAGUUUUGUGCCAUUUUUCUUAUUUAAGGAUAACUCUGACUCAAAUUAAAUUGGGCCUUUCACACCAUGAUACGUGUUAUGCAAAACUGUGUCGAUCGGAGGUCUCUUUGAGGUCUCAACUUAUCUAUUUGAAGUCAAAUAAUCUAAAGCGAUGAUAAACAAAUGAUUUAUAUAAGAUUCAUACUAGACACAGCAUAUGCUCUUACUGGUAUACACACACACACUUUGAUAAAAGCUGACCAUAUGGGAGUAUAUGUGAUCAAGCCCACUGAAUUAUCCUUCACAAAAACCUAGACUGCACAUUAGCGCCCUCUGGUAGACAACCCCUCACAGUGCCAGUCUUGGAUCUGUCAAGUGAAGAUCGUUCACAGAUUCUCCACCUUGAGUGAUGCUAUGACAGUACGUUUAUACCAAUCCUUUUCUUCACUGUAAAUGUGACUCCUGGAAACCACACAGGAGCCUGUUCUGCUGUUUCGUUCGUUAAUGUAAAGAAAACCAACGUGUUUUUAUACCUUCCAGCACUGGUUGUGUUUUGUACCAAUGACAAAUGGACUUGGUCUAAACCCUAGCUCCCAAUGUGACUGUGCCUCUUGUUUUGACACUGUAUGUAUUUAUGUCAGCAUGUAUGUACAUUUGUAUGCCAUUCCAGAUCACAUGACAAUGGCCUUUCCCCUCUCUGACCUCUCUCUGCUACAGUGCCAGGUUUGCUGUCAUAAUGGCCCUCAUUUUCUGGGGGCUGCUUUACGUUGACCUGACAUUGCAAUGUAAUGUUUCGACUUCACAGCAUACGCAUUUGUACAAAAUAAACAUUUUUAUUGAACAUUUGUAAA